AUGAAGUCAAAUAUUUUGUUGAUAUUUAUUAUAAUAAAGGUUAUCGAGUGUGUUAAACCGCUUCCAAAACGAACUCCCAAAAGAAGUUUAUCUUCCAAUUAUGAUGGAACUUCAAUCUUUCAACCAGAUAAGAAUUCAUUCCCAGAUGUCAUUUAUCCAACGAGCAUUCUAGAUGUCACUAAGCCUUUUUAUUACAAUAUUGGUAAUGACUUCGAAAUAACAGAACCGUUCUCCGAGGAUGUCAAAUCAUCGUACAAAAAACUUAAUUCACUUCCAAAAUCAGGUAAUAGUUAUAGCAAAACAUCCAGUAUAGAAAACAAAAUAAUGAUAAAUGAUUUUGCUUCGAAUAUUAAUAAAAAUGACGUAAGUGAUACAGAAAGAAAUGGUACUGAGAAGAAUGUUGAUUAUAUGAAUGAUCAGAAUGAAAAUCGUUCAUUUAUUUUGGAAGAAACAAAUGAAAGUGAUAAUAAUACUGAUACUAAUAUUAAUUAUGAUUUAUCAAAUGAAAAUCAUGAUGUUUCAUCAUCCGAAGACACCAAUGUUACGAAUAUUCCAAUUUAUGUUCAAAUUAACGUACAAGUGUUCAAAGAGCAACCGAUUAUGACUACAAACGGAGAUAUUGAAAAUAAACCAAGUCUUGAAAAUAUAUCUGAUCAAGUAAAUGCAACAAUUGGUUCAAUAAAUUUUUCGGAAUCUCAUGAGUCAAGCGAAGAAACUAACAGUACUUCUGGUGAAAUUUACACAGAAUCGCAAAAUCUUAAUGAUUCCGACAUUGUUGAUGUCUUGUCACCUUUGACUGUAGAUUUUUUGGAAAGCGAGGACAAUGUCACUGAAGUUUCAAAUAUAACGUUCUUUGAAAAUACACCAUUAGAAGAAAUCGAUGUAUUUGAUAAUAGUUCUAUACCAAUAUAUUUAAUAGAAAGUGAUUUGGUUCUAAUUGAUGAAAACUCAACUUUAAAUGCUACUGAGGCAGAUUUUUUAUUAAUAUAUCAGAAUGAUAACGAAACGAUACUAAAUAAUGAUGACUAUUUUCUAGAUUUUGUGAUUUCUCUUGACUCAAUUUGUGAUAAUAAUAACAUAGCAAUAUCUACGUAUGGUGAAAAUUCAACAGAUUUUAUACAAGAGAACUGUGACAUAAAAUGA